AAGAGGGUGUACUUUUUAUUUGCUAUUAUGCAUUAAUAAAGUAGGAAAGUUUACAAUGAAGUAUUUUCUCAUCUAAAGAUUAAACAACACUUUUAUGACGACAAAUUCCAUUUUUAAAAUAACCUGGUUCGUUCACUAAGCUAAAAUCGCUGAAACAAAAUGAGAUUGAUCAAAUUAUUCGAAAUACUAAAACAAUUGAGGAUAGAGCCCUAUGUAUUCUUCAUUAUUUUUACCUUCUCCAUCAAAGACGUGCCUCAACAAACUCUAAUUAUGGAUAGAGUUUGCAGGCUUACUUUAAAUGAAUCAGAUAGUGUAUGUGAUGAUCUUAUCAAACACGAAAGAAUUCAUAAAUUGGUGCAGAAGAUAUCCACACAUUAUAAAAUCGGUUAUUCGUUAGUAACAAUUCUACCAUCUAUCGUCAGUGCGACAUUGUUAAGUCCGUGGAGUGAUAAAUAUGGCCGAAAGUUUCCAAUAUUGGCUGCAACCUUUAGCAUGAUUUUAGAAGCAUGUGGUCUCUUAGUUGUUGGUUUGAUAAAAUCGGCGCCCCCUUACUUCUUAAUUAUUGCCGGUAUACCGUCGGGUAUAUUUGGGGGAUUCUUAAUGGCAAUAUCUUCAUCUUAUACUUACUUGUCUGAUGUCACAGAUAAAGAAUCACGAACAAUUCGAUAUGCAAUCCUGGAAUUUGCCUUUGUUUUAGGUGUUCCUGUAGGAGUUGAAGUCGGUGGCAGACUAUUUAAACUAGGCGGUAUUGUCCCGGUAUAUUUAACAAUUCUGAUAGUUCUAUGCUGCUCCUUUGUUUGGGUUUUUUUUAUUCUUAAAGAAACAAGAGGUAAAGAAGAAGAGAAAAAUUUAAAAGAAAUGAUUCUUCAUCUGUUUCGACUGGAUAACCUAAAGGACAGUUUAAAUACCUGUAUUGCUCCUCGACCAGGUAAUCUCAGAACUCAAAUAUGGUUGUUAAUAAUUUCCAUAACGUUCAUCAGGUUUGGUGGUUAUGGUUCCAUGACCGUUGGUUACUAUUUCGCCAAUACUGUUUAUAAAUGGGACAGUUUAAAAUAUUCCAAUAUAUCUUCCAUCGUCCAGGUAACGCAUGGAAUUGGUCUUAUCAUAUUCGUUCCAAUUUUUACCAAAAUUUUAAAAUUGCCCGAAAGCAUCAUCGCUUUAUUGGGAAGUCUCUCGUAUAUGGGUGAGAAUGCUAUUAAAUCAGUCGCCUAUCACGAGUGGAUGUAUUUUUAUGCUUAUUCGGUGGGACUUUUGGGAGGAGUCAGUAGUGUUGCCGUAAGAUCUCGACUUUCUAAAAUGGUUAAUCAAGACGAAUUAGGUAAAAUUUUCUCAUUAUUAGCUCUGUCUGAAUCAUUGACUCCUGUAAUUGCUGCAGUUGUUUUUAACGAAGUUUAUGAAGGAAGCGUAUAUACUUAUGUUGGAGCAUCUUAUUUAUUAACUAGUAUUUGUUUAAUUUUUCCAGUAACUGUUUUCAUUUGGAUUACUAAACAGACACUUCCAAGAACAUCGGAUGAUGGUAACGAAGGAGAAUUCCAAAUGGAAAGUUUUAGUGAAAGUAAAUAAAAAGAUAAAUUACCACAAAAUAUGACCGAUUUUGUUGAUUAACUUAAUGUCGGUUUAUAUUUAUUAAAUGUAAUAACCACCGCAUUUACGGUGUAUGUUUAAUGCAUUUGAAUACCAUAAUUGGUAAAUAAAUUUUUACAGU